AAUUGAAAUCGCAGUGGACAAGUUUGCUUCCUCCGUCCUACACAUCUCAUACACCACUAUCGUUCCUUCCACCGACAAUACACUGGACGUCAAUGGCCUACGGAUGAUCCCGACCCUCUCUCAGCGCAAUGGCAGUCGCUCGACCCGUCAGGUAUCUGGGGGCACUGUCCGUCAUAUUGCUCUUCUUCCUCGUCUUUCAGUACUUGCGCCCGACACCCAACCUCACUCCGCCAAACACCGGUCCUGUCGAAGGCAAUGGCGGGAAGAUCAGUAACAUGGAGCGUGAUCCGCUCCUCGACCCGGUCGGUGAGCCGGACGGCCUUCUCUGGAGACAUACCGACCACGACUACUCUCCCGACAGUCCCAAGUCUGCGCGGAUCAACGCCACCCUCCUUUCCCUCGUCCGAAACGAAGAACUCUCCGAACUACUUCCUACCAUGAGACAGCUCGAAGAGACGUGGAACCACAAAUUCAACUACCCCUGGACCUUUUUCAACGACGUCCCGUUCACCGACGAAUUCAAGAAAAAGACCCAAGAGGUGACCAAGGCGAAAUGCUUCUACCACCUCAUCCCCAAAGAGCACUGGGAGAUGCCCUCGUGGGUCAGCAAGGAACUGUUUGACGAGUCUGCCAAGAUCCUGAAAGAGAACGACGUACAAUACGCGGGCAAGAUCUCAUACCACCAAAUGUGUCGGUGGAACAGCGGCAUGUUUUAUCGGCAUCCUGCCCUCGAGCACACGCAGUACUAUUGGCGCGUGGAGCCAAAGGUCAAGUUCUUCUGUGACGUCGACUACGAUGUCUUUCGUUACAUGCAGGACCACAACAAGACCUACGGGUUCAACAUCAACUUGUUCGAUUCGCCCGAAUCCAUCCCUUCACUUUGGCCGGAAACCAUCAAGUUUCUGGCCUCGCAUCCCGAAUAUCUGCACAAGAACAACGCCAUGCAAUGGUUGACCGACAACGAAAGAAGACCAGAGCACAAUGUGAAAGCUCAUGGCUACAGCACAUGUCACUUUUGGUCUAAUUUCGAGAUUGCAGACCUUUCCUUCUGGCGGGGACAAGUGUAUGAAGACUACUUUACACAUCUAGACAGGUCGGGUGGAUUCUUCUACGAAAGAUGGGGAGAUGCGCCAGUGCACAGUAUUGCUUUGGGACUAUUCGAAGACUCCAGCAAGAUUCAUUGGUUCAAGGAUAUCGGAUACAACCACAUCCCAUUUUACAACUGUCCCAAUUCUCCAAAAUGCCGUGGCUGUGAGGCAGGACAGUUCUACGCCGGUGAAUCAUGGUUGCAACGAGAAGAUUGCCGACCGCUCUGGUUCAAGUAUGUCGGAACUGGGUGAAUGCUACUCCGUAUGUGGAGUGCGUUGUUCAUUUAUGCGCGCGCCUUGAGCGAGGGAUUCUUACGGGCAUGACUACAUACCUGCCUUAUCUACUCUACGGGCAUUGGGAUCAGGCGUUUGCUGCGGGAAUGCUUUCUCGUGAGAGCUUUGUAAAUAUGUACAUUGGGCGCGAGCUAGAUUGGCUUGCAAAAUUCAUGAAGAUAAAGACUCCAACCACGACGACGAUCUUUGCACGUCC